CUUACCAUUGGAUGAUGGGACGAUCCGAAAAUUUUGACGGAGGCGGUCUAAAGGGUGCUACUUAAAAAAAUAAAAAAAAAUGUGUGUAAUGAAAUAAAAUAAAAAAUAUUAAGAGAAGAGAUGUAUGUUUCGUCAUCUUGGGCUUUUUUUUCUUUCCUUCCAACUCGGCCUGGUCAUAUAUAAAGGCAGUCCAUCUCUGUUGUGGUCAUCAAACACUUUCUUCUGAUUCUCUUCUGCGGAUAGCCACAACAUGGCCUCCCGGAAGAUUUUAGCCUUAUGUCUAACAAUUGCGCUACUGAUAGGGGACAUUGCAGCCAAGAAAAAAGAAAAAGCUGCAACUGUUAUUACCAAAGAAGAAGCUGAAGAAUUAAAAAUCAUCUCUGAUUUGGUUGCUGAAGCAACCAAUUAUGGAGGAGGUGCUGUAGCUGCUGCUGGCGGAUAUGGCGGUGAUGCUGGUGGCAGUUCCGGUGGAUAUGGCGGAGGAGCUGCUGAUGGAGGAUACGGAGGUGGAGCAUCAAGCGGUGGUUACGGCGGUGGUGCCUCCAGUGGUGGAUAUGGAGGAGGAGCAUCAGCCGGUGGUUAUGGCGGCGGAUCAACAGGCGGAGCAAGUGGUGGUUACGGAGGAGGUGCUUCAAGUGGUGGUGCUUCAAGUGGUGGUUACGGCGGAGGUGCAUCAGCCGGUGGUUAUGGUGGUGGUGCAUCAGCCGGAGGGUAUGGCGGUGGAGCCUCAGAUGGUGGUGCAGCAAAACACGCUGUUUUGCUAGCUGUUCCAGUAACAUUUGCUGUUGCAGAUAAGGGUGGAUCCUCUGGUGGUUAUGGCGGUAGUGCUGGUGGAAGCGGAGGUUAUGGAGGAGGAGCUGGUGGUAAAUCCGGUGGAGGUGGUGGAUAUGGCGGCAGCAGUGGAGGAGGCGGCGGAUAUGGUGGCAGCAGUGGUGGAAGUGGAGGAUACGGCGGAAGCAGUGGAGGAGCAGGUGGAUAUGGUGGAAGCAGUGGAGGAGGCGGCGGACACGGUGGAAGCAGUGGAGGCGGUGGAUAUGGUGGCAGCAGUGGAGGUGGUGGAGGAUAUGGUGGCAGCAGCGGAGGUGGUGGAGGUUAUGGUGGCAGUAGCGGAGGUGGCGGAGGAUAUGGAGGAAGUAGUGGAGGCGGCGGUGGCUUUGGAGGCAGCAGCGGAGGAGGAGGCGGAUAUGGUGGUUCCGGAAAGAGUGCUAAAGGAGGAUCAGGAGGUGGAUAUGGCGGUGGGCAAGGAGGAUAUGGUGGAAGUCAAGGAGGUGGUUAUGGCGGAGCUCAAGGUGGAGGACAAGGUGGUGGAUACGGAGGAGGUCAAGGUGGCGGACAUGGAGGAGGACAAGGUGGUGGAUACGGAGGAGGACAAGGUGGUGGAUAUGGAGGAGGCCAAGGCGGCGGAUACGGAGGAGGCCAAGGUGGUGGAUAUGGAGGAGGCCAAGGCGGGGGUAAAGGUAAAGGAGGUAGUGGUGGUUCCGGUGGAUACGGCGGAGGCCAAGGUGGUGGUUAUGGAGGUGGAUCUGGUGCUAAAUCUGGUGGAGGAUAUGGUGGAAGUUCAGGUGGUGGUGGAAAAUCUGCUGGUGGCGGAGGAUAUGGAGGUAGCUCUGGUGGCGGAGGAUACGGUGGUAGCUCCGGCGGUGGAGGAUAUGGUGGAAGCUCUGGAGGUGGUGGAGGAUAUGGUGGAAGCUCCGGAGGAGGUGGAGGAUAUGGUGGAAGCUCUGGAGGUGGUGGAUACGGAGGUAGCUCUGGUGGGGGAAAAGCCGUAGGAGGUGGUGGUUAUGGAGGUAGCUCUGGUGGUGGAUAUGGCGGUAGCUCGGGUGGUGGUGGUGGAUAUGGAGGAAGCUCUGGGGGAGGUGGUGGAUACGGAGGCAGCUCUGGUGGAGGUGGCGGAUACGGAGGCAGCUCUGGUGGAGGUGGCGGAUACGGAGGUAGUUCAGGUGGAAAAUCUGCUGGUGGUUAUGGAGGAAGCUCCGGUGGAGCAGGCGGUUAUGGCGGUAGCUCCGGUGGAAGCGCUGGUUACGGUGGCAGUUCUGGAGGCGGUGGAGGAUAUGGAGGUAGCUCUGGAGGAGGAGGUGGGUAUGGAGGUAGCUCUGGAGGAGGCGGUGGCUACGGAGGCAGCUCAGGUGGAGGUGGUGGUUACGGAGGUAGCUCCGGUGGAAAAUCUGGAGGAGGGUAUGGAGGUGGAAGUUCUGGAGGACUUCAAGGUAUCACACUUGUAGGAAUUAAAUUAAACACCGUGGCUCUUGGUGGAGCUGGCGGUAAAUCUGGAGGCGGAGGAGGAUAUGGUGGAUCUUCUGGAGGAUCUUCUGGAGGAGGAUACGGAGGUUCUUCCGGAGGAAGCGGAGGCUAUGGUGGCUCUUCUGGUGGAACUGGUGGAUAUGGAGGAUCCUCAGGAGGAGGAGGCGGAGGUUAUGGUGGUUCUUCUGGAGGUGGAUAUGGUGGCUCCUCUGGAGGUGGAGGUGGAUAUGGAGGUGGAAAAUCCUCUGGUGGAAAAAGUGGUGGUGGCGGUGGCUACGGAGGUGGUAAAGGAGGAGGAUCAUCUGGAUACUGAAAACUGAAAGUAUCAAGCCAAAAACGAUAAUUUAUGACUGCCAAGUGUACAGACGUCCCCUAUGUACAGCAAAAUUUUGACUCGUAUUCAUUGAAAGAGCAGAAGUGACUCAGAAGACAACUACUCAACAUCAAAUCCUGGAUCUUGAUUCUAGUAUUAUGUAAUUAUUUAAUCAUCAAGACCAAACAUGUAUGAUAGGACUGUAAUUGAUCCAAAUCAAGAAACAACAUAUCAAGCACUCAAACAUCCAUAAGAGUGCUAAGUGCUAAGCACAAUCAUUCAUAAACUUUCUUUAUUAUUACUGAAGCUCCAGACCACGUGCGAUGUCUAAUUUUGUGCAAUUCCGAGUUGAUACAAUUGUUGAUACUCGUCCAGUAUGCAGACACUUGAAGCACAAUCUCUGUUAACGGGACAAAUGUAAUUAUGUUGAUAUGUGAUAAAUUUUUUUCAUUUAA